AUGCCGAUGCUCAAGGAUCCUUCCAAAAAAUACACGAAAUUCAAGCCCAUUGACCUGCCAAAUCGUCAAUGGCCGAACAAGACCCUGGACAAGCCGCCACGAUGGCUGGCAACAGAUCUUAGAGAUGGAAACCAGAGCUUGGUCGACCCAAUGAAUGGGGACCAAAAACUCCGAUUCUUCCGCAUGCUAGUCAACAUAGGAUACAAGGAGAUAGAAGUCUCGUUUCCGUCAGCGUCACAGACGGAUUUCGAUUUCACACGACAUCUAGUCGAAACACCCGGAGUCGUCCCGGACGAUGUCUGGCUCCAGGUGCUCUCCCCCUGUCGUGAGGAGUUCAUCAAACGCACCGUCGAGUCCCUGAGAGGUGCAAAGAAGGCCAUCCUCCACAUAUACCUUGCUACAAGCUCGUGCUUCCGACGUAUCAUCUUCAACAUGACCAAAGAACAGAGUCUAGAAAUGGCCGUGCGGUGUACAAAGUAUGCUCGCUCCAUCACAAAGGACGAUCCGUCGAUGGCUGGCACAGAAUGGCAUUUUGAAUUCUCGCCAGAAACCUUCUCGGAUACAGAUCCCGAGUUUGCCUUGCAGGUGUGUGAGGCGGUCAAAGCUGCGUGGGAGCCCAGUGAGAAAGAUCCAAUCAUCUUCAACUUGCCGGCGACAGUGGAAAUGUCUACUCCAAACGUAUACGCGGAUCUGAUUGAAUAUUUCUCCACUCAUAUCUCUGAGAGAGAGAAGGUCUGCAUCUCCUUACACCCCCACAACGACCGUGGAUGUGCGAUUGCUGCUGCUGAGUUGGCUCAGAUGGCCGGUGCACAGCGUGUUGAGGGUACCCUGUUUGGUAAUGGCGAGAGAACUGGUAACGUCGACCUUGUCACCCUUGCUCUCAACCUAUACACCCAAGGUAUAUCUCCGGGUGUCGACUUCUCCGAUAUUCUGUCUAUCAUCCAAGUGGUAGAAGAGUGCAAUAAAAUUCCAGUCAACGAACGCUGGCCGUACGCUGGCAAGCUUGUCUUCUGUGCUUUCAGCGGCAGCCAUCAAGAUGCAAUCAAGAAAGGAUUCCAGGCACGUACAGCUGCUGGUCUCAAAGAAGAUACGCCCUGGGUUAUGCCGUAUCUCCCUCUCGACCCAGAAGACAUCGGCCGAGACUACGAGGCCAUCAUCCGCGUCAACUCGCAGAGCGGCAAGGGCGGUGUUGCUUGGGUUAUCCUCCGCAGCUUGGAGAUGGAUCUUCCUCGUGGCUUACAGGUUGCAUUCAGCAAGAUUGUACAGAGGGACGCAGAUCGCUUGAACCGCGAAUUGAAGCCUAAUGAGAUCGUUACUUUGUUCGAAGAAGCUUACCAUCUCAAGACAAAUCCACGCUUCAACCUGGUCGAUUACAACAUCACAGCAGACAGAUCACAAUCUCCUGCACCACCUGCCCCUGGGAAGGCUGUCAAUACUCAAAACUUGAAGAGGCGUUUCACUGGUAUCAUUGAGAUUGAUGGCGUACAGCAUGGCAUCGUCGGUGUCGGAAGUGGUGCUAUCUCUGCCUUGGCACACGCUUUGCACUCCUUGGGUAUCGAUCUAGAUGUCGUCAACUAUACCGAGCACGCUAUCGGUCGUACGCGAGACGUCAAGGCAGCAACAUACAUCGAAUGUACCGCUGCAGGCUCAAACCAGAGCGUGUGGGGUGUUGGUGUCCAUCGUGACGUUGUCCAAGCCAGUUUAAUCGCACUGCUGAGUGCUGCUAGUUCCUUCUUAACUUCUCGUGCAAGCACCCCAUUCCGCCCAACCCGCUCCCAAAACUUUAGCCAAGCGGACAUCGAUGCUUUGGAGAAACUGCACGGUUCUCUGGCCGUCCCACCAGCGGGCGCCGAAAAUCAGAAAGUAGACAUUAGUGCCCUUGAAUCGGCAGCGGAGAACUUGUAA